CAAAUUAUCUAUAUUUUAAAAAUAAAAUAAAAAAUAGAUUCAGUACAAUAGAGAGAUGUGAAAAGUGAUGAAGAGAAGAAACCCAAUUAAAGUAGAGGUGAAUAUAGAAAGCAAAAACCUAAAUAAAGAUAAGAAUAGACAGAGUAAUUAGUAAAAGGAGAGGAGAGUUAAUAUUAACAAUAUCUAGUUUAAAGAUUAAAUAGAUGGAUAAAAAGAUAAUAUAGAUUAGAAUUAGUAGAAAUAAUUAUAUUAAUAUAAAAGUGAUGAUAGAAAUAGACCUUAAUUUGAUUUAAAUAAGUCUAAGAUUACUAUGAAUAGCCAAGUACCUGAAUUAUCUAUUUAUCUUCAUUAAAACCUAAUAAAGAGAGUAUUAUAAAUAAUUAGAUAAAAUUGA